GACAGCAGGAGAGAGUGUGUGUGUCUCAGACUGCGGUGCCCAGCGGAGGAAUAUUUGAGCUUUUUAUUUACUCUGCAGCUUGUUGUUCAUUUUCUCUGCGUUAUGGUGAACUUGGACAGUCACGUGUGAACAUCUCUGCAAACACAGAGGACGACGACUUCGCACCUGGUGUGUCCCUUUGACUUUACCGCGAGGAGAAUAUACCUGCCAUUUUUUGUGAUAGCUGACAUCGCUGGACAUCCUUCCACGCCUGUGACGGACAACAACAGCAAGUUCUCUCCCUCAGGGAUGAAAUAUGCACACGGUGCGCCCGUAGAAAACAGCACACGACACACACUGUGAACUCCAAAGAGGUUUUAAAUCAUGAUGAUGCAGGAGUCGGCCACAGAGACAAUAAGCAACAGUUCAAUGAGUCAAAAUGGAAUGAGCACCCUAAGCAGCAGCCAAUUAGAGGCUGGCAGUAGAGAUGGGAGAUCAAGCGCUGGUGACACGAGCAGCGAAGUAAGCACAGUCGAGCUGCUGCAUCUGCAACAACAGCAGGCCCUACAAGCAGCGAGGCAAUUACUCUUGCAGCAGCCAGGCAGUGGCCUGAAAUCUCCAAAGAGCCAGGACAAGCAGCGUCCACUGCAGGUUCCAGUGUCAGUGGCCAUGAUGAGUCCCCAGGUGAUCACGCCGCAACAGAUGCAGCAGAUCCUCCAGCAGCAGGUGCUCUCCCCCCAGCAGCUCCAGGCCCUGCUCCAACAGCAGCAGGCCGUCAUGCUGCAGCAGCAACACCUGCAGGAGUUUUAUAAGAAACAGCAGGAGCAGCUUCACCUGCAGCUCCUCCAGCAGCAGCACCCCGGCAAGCAGGCUAAAGAGGGCUUACGCAAUUGCCUGCCUGGCCCAGCGAUAAACAACUCUGUGAGGCAGCGAGGGGAGCAGAGAGAGGGUGGAGCGGGGGCAGGCGUUGUGCAUCAACAGACGCUGGAAAGGAGAGGUGAAACAGAGGGGCAACAGGUGAACACAAUUAGACAAUCAGCUGGCCUGAGCCCCGCUGAGCUGCAGCAGCUGUGGAAGGAUGUGACCGGAGGCGGUGGUCACGCCAUGGAGGACAACGGCAUCAAACACAGCAACAGCGGCAACGGCAACGGAGGGGGCGGCAACGGAGGGGGCGGUGGCGGCGGUGGUGGGUUAGACCUCUCCACCAACAACUCUUCCUCAACUACCUCCUCCUGCAACCCCGCCAAAGCUUCGCCGCCCAUCUCCCACCAUUCCAUCGCCAACGGACAGUCCCCCGGCCUCAACCACAGAAGAGAGAGGGAACGGGAACGGGAAAGGGAGCGAGAGAGUUCACUACAUGAAGAAAGUGGAGGAACCCACCCCCUGUACGGCCACGGUGUGUGCAAGUGGCCCGGCUGUGAGAACAUCUGCGAGGACUUCGGACAGUUUUUGAAGUAA